AUGGCAACAGGAAAUGAAUCAAAUUUAUGCUCAAUAUGCAAUAAAUCUUCAACUAAAUACUUUUGUAUUGGAUGUAAAAAAUACUUUUGUCCCACCGAUUUCAAAGAACAUGAACAACAAUUAUCAAUGAAAUUUGAUAAUGAAAUAGUUCGGUCACACGAUGAACUUCUUGACCAAAUCCAAAAAUUAGAAAAAUCAAAUUAUGUAUCAUUGGAUCUUUUCACUCGAAUUGAACAGUGGAAAAAAACAACAAUUAAUAAAGUAGAAAAAGCAGCAGAAACAGUUCAUCAUAAACUUAUUGAACUAAUUGAUAAACAACGAAUAAGAAUAAGAGAACAACUUGAACCAAUUACAAAAGAAAUUCGAUUUCUUCAUGGAGAAGAAAAUUUUCUUGAAAAUGAUAUUGAUCGUCUUCAAAACAAAAUCAAUGAAAUUCAACAAAUGCUUGAACUAUUUAUUCAAAAAGAUAUAAAUAAAACCAUCAUUAUUGAAAAUGAUCAAAUUGAUUGGAACCGAAUCAUCAAAAUUCGAGAAAAACAACUGAACUCAUCAUUACUACGUAGUGUAAAUCUGAAUGCAAACGCAAAAUGGAUACAGAAUGGUGUUACUAUUGUUGGAGGAACUGGAGGAGGCAAUGGAAUGAAUCAAAUCUAUCAUCCAAAUGGUUUGUAUGUUGAUGAUGAUCAAACUCUCUACAUUGCUGACUGGUCGAAUCAUCGUAUUGUGGAAUGGAAAUGUGGUGCGACGACUGGCCGAGUUGUGGCAGGUGGACAUGGAGAAGGAAGCCGUCCUGAGCAAUUGAACAGACCUACAGAUAUGAUUAUUGAUAGAGAAAGAGAUAGUUUCAUCAUUUGUGAUUAUGGUAAUAAAAGAGUAGUUCGAUGGCCUCGUCAAAAUGGUACGAAUGGAGAAACAAUCAUCUCGAAUGUUGGAUGUCAUGGCUUGUCAAUAGAUGAUGAUGGAUUUCUCUAUAUUGCUGAUUUCGAUAAGCAUGAUGUUAGACGAUAUCGAAUGGGAGAAAAUCAAGGAACAGUAGUUGCAGGUGGAAAUGGAGCAGGAAACCGUCUCGAUCAGUUGAAUUCUCCGGUAUACAUAUUCAUUGAUCAAGAUCACUCUGUUUACGUAUCAGAGUACCGGAAUCAUCGUGUGACGAAAUGGAUGGAAGGUGCAAAACAAGGCAUUAUUGUCGCUGGUGGUCAUGGUCAAGGAAAUAAUCUUACACAAUUAUCAGUUCCUUAUGGAGUUAUCGUGGAUCAAUCAGGUACAAUCUAUGUGACUGAUUAUGCGAAUCAUAGAAUAAUGCGUUGGUCUCAAAGAGCCACACAAGGUAGUGUCAUCGUUGGUGGAAAUAGUCAAGGAAGUCAAUCGAAUCAACUCUAUGGUCCUAUCGGUUUAUCAUUUGAUCGAGAGAACAAUCUCUAUGUGAGUGAUAAUCAAAAUCAUCGAAUACAAAAGUUCAACAUUGAUCGAAAUUGA